UGCCCCAUCAUUGAUAUCAGUGGGAGGAAUAGUGCCCCAUCAUUGGUAUCAGUGGGAGGAAUAGUGUGUCCCAUCAUCGGUGUCAGUGGGAGGAAUAGUGCCCCAUCAUUGGUGUCAGUGGGAGGAAUAGUGCCCCCAUUGGUGUCAGUGGGGAGGAAUAGUGUCAGUGAAGUGCCCCAUCAUUGGUGUCAGUGGAGGAAUAGUGCUCCAUCAUUGGUAUCAGUGAGAGGAAUAGUGCCCGAUCAUUGGUGUCAGUGGGAGGAAUAGUACCCCAUCAUUGGGGUCAGAGGGAGGAAUAAGUGUCCCAUCAUUGGUGUCAGUGGGAGGAAUAGUGUCCCAUCAUUGAAGUCAGUGGGAGGAAUAGUGCCCCAUCAUUGAGGUCAGUGGGAGAAAUAAUAGUGCCCCAUCAUUGGUGACAGUGGGAAUAGUGCCCCAUCAAUUGGUGACAGUGGUUGGAAUAGUGCCCCAUCAUUGGUGUCA